AUGAUCCUGAGCGAAGAAGUUCGCGCGGUGCUUCCUACCAAGAAGCCAAUUGGAGGCGUGCUGACGGCUGACGAAUUACGUACCAACGACCGGAUUGCCAGCGACCGAGUCAUCGUUGAGAACUUCUUCGGUCGCUUGAAGACCCUUUGGAGCGUGUGCAGUGAUAUCUAUGCAUGGAAGCGUCAGAACUAUGACAUGUUGUUCCAAACCUGCCUGGCGUUGACGAACGUCCAUGUGCGCAUCCACAAGCUGCGUGCAGAGGAUGGCGAUGCAAACACCCAGUACGUCAACCGAUUGAUAUCUAUUGGUUCCAAGAUCGUGAAGAACAAGAAGGCUGCGUCCCGAACUUACCGGUCGAAGCGCAAGGUCAGACUGUCGUUGGCCAUGGCUGCAGAAAGUGCAUUCACAGCGGCUGAUCCAGGCGGAAGCGAUACUGAAAUCGGCUCGCAUAGCGAAUCGGAUAGUGGAAGAUUGUUCUACUAA